AUGCUACCAGGGCCCGUGAUAAUAACGCAAUAUGAACGUAUCGGGUACGUUGACGCUAUCAAUGCGAACGACCAAACGAUAUGCGGCAACGCUAACAAUCACCUACAGCCACCGGAGCCACUGGACCACCCUGCCUCCGAGGUCUAUGUGACUGGCACCUUCGACGACUGGAAGAAGACGGAGAAGCUUGAGAAGGUUGGCAACCACUUCGAGAAGGCGGUGACCCUACCAGAUGCCUCCAGCAAGAUCUACUAUAAGUUUGUUGUCGAUGGUAAUUGGGUCACCGAUCACACCGCACCAAAAGAAAUCGACGAGAGUAGCAACGAGAACAACAUCCUAACUCCCGACCGUAUCAUUACUGAAGCACCUGCAACUACCGCAAUCAUGAGCUCUGUUACCCCCGACUCUACCACUGCUGCCUUGGCCGCAAAUGUCCCCUUGGAGAAGAAGGAUGAGGAGUUGCCAGGCGCAUUUCCUGAGACGCCCGCCACGGAACUCGACAAGGCUGGCGAAUUUAAAGUGAACCCUUUGCCAGCUGCUCCCGGCGCUCUCAACCCAAUCACACUUGCGCCGGGUGAGAAGAUCCCCGAGGGUCUCGCUGCCGAGAGCACCACGAGCCAAGUUAAGCUAGAUCCCGAGUCGUACGAGAAGAGCGACACCCUUCCAGGCGACGCACCCGUUAUCUUGUCCUCUGCUGCACCGGAAUCCACAACUGCUGCUUUGGCGGCUAGCGCACCUAUCGAGACCAAGGUCGAGGUGCCCGAGGUCGUGAAGGAAAGCCAGGAGAAGGCACACUUUGAGCCCGAGGCUAGCGGUGUUCCCGAGGAAGUAAGGGAGAAGGCCGCCGUCGAGACCGAGCUUCUUCAGAAGGUGAAAGAAGCACCCUCCACUUCCGAAGGUACUGCGGGUGAAGGCACUGAGAAGACGGAGAAAGCCGUUACUCCCGGCGAGGCUGCUGCCUCUGUUAUUGCUGCAGUUACGGCAGUUGGUGGUGCUGCGCUUGCGGGUGCAGUCGCCGCUAAGGAUCUUGCCGUGGAGAAGGCUACCGAAGCCGCCACGACUGCGCAGGCUUCUACCGUUGAAGCAGCGGCAAGCUUGCCCGAGUCAGUCAAGGAGCAGCUUCCAGAGUCAGUUCAGGAAGCGAUUGGAGGCACAGUAAAAGAGGAAACCCGCGAGGAAGUUUCUCCUGAGGUGCCUACUGAAGUCAAGGAGUCUAUCGCUGCAGCUGGCAAGGCGCCAGAGGCUGCAGCAAACACGGAAGCAGUUGAAGAGAAGAAGGCUGUCGAAGCUGAACUGUUGAACGAGGUCAAGCCCGUGGAAGCCGAUAACGAGGCGUCAAAGAGCAAAACUACCGAGCUGAAGGACAAGUUGACCGAGGCCACUGGUGCCACUGGCGAGCCUUCCGCGAUCCAAAUCCCACCAGCCGCCGACUCGACCGCGACAAACGGAGCUUCGGAACCCGCCAAGGUGGUCGAGGCUGAACCUAAACCUAUCGAAGUUAAGCCUACUCAGUCAGCUUCGGGCACGCCAUCCGACGCUGUUGCCUCGGACUUAAGCACGAAGGCGACGAACGGUGCCUCGCCAACAGAGAAGAAGAAGAAGAACAGGCUCAGUGCUAUGCUUGGCAAAGUGAGAAGCAAGCUAACUGGCAAUAAGAGCUAG